ACUCUGGUCCUAUCUGCUGUGUUUUCUCCAGCUCAGUGCCCCAGUCACGACCUUAACUGACUGAGGACACUCCUAACUCUUAUACUGUACAUGUUUCUGGCCUGGCUCGUCUGAACGGCAUCAAUGACCGACCUGCGGGAAGGUCUGCUCUCCUCCUCCUGUCUGGCGCGCACACCUGCUGUAUGGAGCCAAGCGCAGGAAUCCAACUGCUGCAUGAAAGCGGAAACGAGCUCUCAGCCCGCACAGUGAACACGCUGUGAAUGCGGUUCCUUACCACUGUCCUUAAAAGAUGAUUGACAUCAAUAAUCGACAGGCAACGCGUGUUCGCGGCGCACACACGAGUGCACUGGGCUUGUCGGGCUGCUUCUGCGUGCGAGGGGGAGCCGGGCGUGGGCUCGCCUGAGCCGCCGUCCCCAUUGGCUGAGCAUGCUGGCACCACAGGGGGCUGAAGCGCAUUGGCUGCCGAUCUCGGAAGCUGAGCGGUAGAUUUCUAUUAUAAUGACAGAUGAAGCCGGUGAAUCGCUCGAAAGGAAUGGAGCCGCUACGGAGAGCCUCAGCUUUACCUGGAGAAGACUGUCACACUACCAGGCAAGAGAGACUACCGGCAUUCGUCCAAUCAACAUUUGCCUGUUUGUUCAUGGUGUGACAAUAGUGGAUACCAUUUGAAACUCUACUAAUAACAGUCACAGAGGGCCUGCACCCACUCUGGAGACUUCACUCUGGCAGAAGAGGAUCAGAGAUCAUUAUGGAACUUUAAAGUCAUCUAUGGGAUCAAGGGAAGCCUUGCGACUUGCAUGAAGUCCCAGAAGCCCUCUGCUUGCAUCUCAGGAUCACUGUGUUUAAAAGCCAAGAGCUCCGUCCACCAGGUCCCACACCUGCAGGGAGUCGAUGCCCGUGCGGUUCAGUAAGUCACACCCGUACGUGAAGCGUAGCUGAGCCCCGAGACUGGCAAUGCCCAACCUCCUAAACACAGACACCUCCUUCAGCUCCAAGCAGGAGCUCCUGGACCUGAAUGACAGCCAGGCUGGCGCAGGUGACCUGCCACUGCAGGCUGCCAGCCCCCUGGAUGGCUUUGCCAACAGCGCACUGUCGGACACUGCCAGCCCCACCUCUGCCGACUCCCCUGGGGGGGCUCCAGGCAGCGGAGCUGGGGAGUACGGGGAGGACCAGCCCUACGGGUUCAAGUUCGUCCCCACGGAGACGGAGCAGCUCUGUGGCUGGGGCGCCCUCACGCCCCGGUUCAUCCAGGCCUUCAACACGCCCAAGUGGGUGCUGUUCUUCCUCUGCGUGGCGUCCUUCCUGCAGGGCAUGAUCGUCAACGGCUUCAUCAACACGGUCAUCACCUCCAUCGAGCGCCGCUUCGACCUGCGGAGCUACCAGAGCGGCCUCAUCGCCAGCUCCUACGACAUCGCCGCCUGCAUCUGCCUGACCUUCGUCAGCUACUUCGGGGGCACCGGGCACAAGCCCAAGUGGCUGGGCUGGGGGGUGCUGGUGAUGGCGCUGGGGUCCCUGGUGUUCUCCCUACCGCACUUCGUCACGGACAGCUACAAGGUGACGGUGCUGGACCACACCGGCCUCUGCUCGGACAACCAGACGACGCCCUGCCAGGAGAGCAGCUCCAGCCUCUCCAGCUACAGGUACAUGUUCAUGCUGGGGCAGUUCCUGCACGGCAUGGGAGCCACGCCUCUUUACACCCUGGGCGUCACCUACCUGGAUGAGAACGUCAAGUCCAACUAUGCACCUGUCUACAUCGGAAUUUUUUACACAGCUGCUAUCGUGGGACCGGCUGCUGGUUACUUGUUAGGGGGUUUCUUUCUCAACAUGUACACGGAAAUCCACGAAACGACGGAGCUGACCCCCGAGAACCCUCUCUGGGUGGGAGCCUGGUGGAUCGGCUUCCUGGUGGGGGGAGCGGCUUCGCUCCUCGUGUCCAUCCCUAUCCUGGGUUAUCCCAGGCAGCUGCCAGGAUCCCAGCGCUAUGUGGCCAUGCGGGUGUCGGAGGCUCACCAGCUGAAGGACGGCAGCCAGGAAACGGCCUUGGACCCCCAGUUUGGAAAAACCGUCAAAGAUAUGCCCAGGUCCGUGCUGCUGCUGCUGAAGAACCCCACCUUCAUCUUCCUGUGCUUCGCCGGAGCCACAGAAGCCACUCUCAUUGCGGGCAUGUCCACCUUUGGCCCCAAAUUCCUGGAAUCCCAGUUCAGCCUCAGUGCCUCAGAAGCAGCCACGUGGUUUGGCUACAUGGUGGUGCCUGCCGGGGGAGGGGGCACGUUCCUGGGGGGCUACAUUGUGAAGAAGCUGAACCUGCGCUGCAGGGGCAUCAUCAAGUUCUGCAUGUUCUGCGGCGUCAUCAGCCUGCUGGCCAUCUUCAUCUUCCUGAUUCACUGCCCCAACAUGCCCAUGGCGGGCGUCAACGCCCCCUACUUCGACAGUUACAGCUCAGCGUCAGGCGGACCUCUGAACCUGACAGUGGGCUGCAACUCGGAGUGCAGCUGUGCGAAGGAGCUCUACAACCCCGUUUGUGGGGCAGACGGCACCAUGUACUACUCUCCCUGCCACGCGGGCUGCAGCGGCAUCAACCAGACGCUCAGCACGGCAGGCAAAAAGGUGUACUCUGGCUGCAGGUGCAUUGUGGGGAACCUGUCGUCCUGGGAGCAGGGUGUCGCGGAGGCAGGGAAGUGCACCUCUUCCUGUCAGUACAUGCCCGUCUUCCUCGUUUUCCUGUUCAUCGUCAUCCUCUUCACCUUCCUCUGCAGCAUCCCCGCUUUGACAGCUACCCUGAGGUGCGUUCCAGACAGUCAGAGAUCCUUUGGCCUGGGGAUUCAGUGGAUUGUUGUCCGAACGCUGGGGGGGAUUCCCGGUCCAAUAGCCUUUGGCUCGGUUAUUGACAUCUCCUGUUUGCUGUGGCAAGACCAAUGUGGAGAACAGGGAUCCUGCUACCUCUACCAAAACUCAGCCAUGAGCAGAUAUACCCUGAUAGCUGGCAUCAUCUACAAGGCUCUGGGGACGCUGUUCUUCUUCCUGGCCGCGGUGCUGUACUCGCCGCCGCCCGAGUCGCCGCAGAGCAGCCGGGAGAACACGGACCAGAGCGCGGCGGACAAGGAGGACGAGCCCGAGCUGCCCGAGAAGGCCGCGCCGCAGGAGAUCCUCCAGGCCGUAAAUACCAAGCUCUGACAUCACCCCCCCCCAUCCGCAUCCACCCCCCCUGCAGGCCUCCAGAGCGCAGCCAAGGUCACAGAGGAGACGAGGGGACAGUCAAAGCUAUUCAACAGCGCUGAUUUCGGAGCUCUUUGCUCUUAAGAAAUCAACGCAGACAGUUCAAGACGCUGAACCUGAAAAUUAUUGAAGUAUUUCUGUCAACCUCAGUUCCACAGACAUUGUUUCUGUACUGUAGGCUUUUUGUCAAAAACGUGUUUUCUGCCAGAUACUAAAAGAGCACUUGUGGCUCCAUUGGCAAAUCCUGUAGGCUCCUCUAGAGCCGGUCAUUCACUUAUAUGACAUUCACUCAAUGUAGCCUCCUAGACCUCAAAUAAUUCAACAGGCCAAAGACUGCGCCGGACAAUAGGCCCAGCAUAUCCAGUGUUUUAAUUCUUUAAUUUCCACUAGCAAAUGUCUGCUGAAUAUUUAAUAUACUUACACACUAAUACAUUAACUAGAUUAAUACAAUCACAUUUUCACACUCCUCGUAACUACUGAACAAAAAAGAAAACUUGUUCUCACAGAGUGGUGUCCAACACUGCUUUCAGCACGCACCGCUAUGCAGUACGUGACAAUCAGUGACCGCUAUCUGGGUUAACAAUAGCGAUAACCAUCUGGAGCUUCGUGAAGUACGUCAUCACCCGGAGAGAGGCGCUCUCCUCCUGCUUCACUGCUCCUGCAAGAAGGCUAGUGCAGAUUUCCGUUUGAAUGCUGCGGCAGUAUGUUUUAGCACCUUCUACAAUCGGUCUUCGGCGCUGUAAACUAGUGCUGAACAGCCCAAUGUCCUUAUCCCAGAGAGGAAUGUGUAAGAUACUCGCAGCCGAUACGGCGUGACCGGACCUCGAUGAGGACAGACAAUAAGCACUUUUGUCAAUUUAAAGCUGGUGGUUGACACCAACACUGAGGGCUGGUCUUCUGUUGGGUAAACUGGCAUGGUGAUGGUUAUCCUGUGUUUACAGGCUGCAAGCUGCAGGUCUUUUACACGUGAAAUAUGAAGUCAAUAGUCUUGGGGCCAUACAGGCCAUGGAUGUGUUUUGUAAAUAUGUUCAAUUUUAUUGAUGGAAAAAGCUACAAGGUGGGCGGGCAGUCUGCACUGCUAGACAAAAAUAAUUCUUUUAUUUCUGCUAAUAAUUUUCAAGGAUGCCAUCAGGGGUUCUUACUGUAGCUCAAAUCCGCGGCAAAGAUAAUUAUUUAAAUUGACUUUCAAAUGGUAGUUGGCCUUUAAAUCCUAAGCACAAAUUAGAAACGCAUGGCAGUGAAGCAAAAGAAUAGAGUUCGUAUUUUACCAAAAUAAUUAAAAACAAAUGUGCUUGAUCUCCAGAUAAGCUGAAAUGGAACAAAACAGAAACAAAAGGAUGAAUGGUUUGAGAAACUAGGUAUUUCAUCUCCUUUCAACCUGAAUCUGAUAGCAGGUGUCAGAGUCUGGCGAAUGAAGUAAGCUGGUUAAGGGGUGUAAUUUAAAUAAACUCACGAUUUUUCAAUAAGAAAACACUGCUGACCCCAAACAGAGCACUUUAGGCGAUAGUUCUUCCCUAGUUUAAGUGACCUGUCUCUCGGACGUCCAUUGCCAAAAUUUCUGCCAUUUAUGUCUUAAAAAGGAAAUUGGUGCAGAUGUGUGCUCUCUUUAUGUCUUGCUUCUUCACAGUUUAUUUAUUAAGAGUAUUUAUUUGUGAUGUACUGUACAAACACUGCAGAGUACAUCUUUUUCUUUUUUUAAUUGGUUUCAUAUUUGUUUGCUAAAGCCAAGCUGGCUUCUCUUCAGAGACCCUGUCAGAGUGCCAGCCAGUGUUGGCCACAGACAGCAGUUAGAUGUCACAUUAGGUUUUCCAAAGAUGAAUGUCUUAUUUUGAAAACCCGAGAGCUGAUUUCCAAAAUCCUUUUGAUCUUUCUUCCUAUCGUUGAAUUUCAACAAGGAGGAACAGUCAAAGCUCCUACCCAGCUCAGCUGUUUGAAGUCCUAGAUGAGUUUAGACCCAAAGGAUGGGGCCCUUGAGUCUGGUCUUCAGUAUGACACUACAGUCCUUGAGUCUGGUCUUCAGUAUGGCACUACAGUCCUUGAGUCUGGUCUUCAGUAUGGCACUACAGCCCUGUGUCUGCUCUUCAGUAUGGCACUCAACCCUGUGUCUGCUCUUCAGUAUGGCACUACAGCCCUGUGUCUGGGAUUUCAUGGAACAGGAGAGCAGUGACUGUGCUCUUUUGUAUUAAAUUGGAUACAGAAAUCACUGGCCAGUGGCUUCCUUUAUGGCUCAACUGGUAAAGGGUCUCGGCAUGAGCUCUACGAUCGGGGGUUCUCCUCCAGUCAGCACUGAUGCUCCAGUAGGGGGCGGUGAUGUCUGUGAGGUGUAUUCCUCUCCUUCAAUCGGCACUGAUCCCCUGGUAAGGGGAGAAUGUCGGUGAGAAACAAGCCUCUCCUCCAAUCAGCACUUAUCCUCUGGCAUGAGGCGGUGCUGCCUGUGAGAAACAUGUCUCUCCUCCAAUCAGCACUGAUGCUCUGGCAUGAGGCGGUGCUGCCUGUGAG